AAUAUUCAAACAACAUUUAUUAGAUGAUACAUUAAAGAGAGUUUGCGUUGAAGUGAUGAAAAAUGUGCUCAUUUUGGCCGGGAAAAAAGUUUUUAAAGAAUCAUCAUUUACGGGAUGAUGGUCAUUGGCAACUUCUCAUUGUUUCCAUGGUUACUACUCCUGCGAUUAGUCAGCGGUCAGCAAUGUGAGUCAUCGUAUUCCAUAUAUGGUUAUGAGGUGAAAGGUCACACAAUUCGCGAGAGCGAGGCGUGGGAUGUCGUGGAUUGCAUGUCACGGUGUCAGUCGGAGUUCUUCUGCCUUAGUAUCGCCUUCCGUAAAACAGACAGGAUGUGUAUGCUGAAAAACGCGGACCGGCACACACAUCGUGCGGACUUCGGACCGGGAAGUCGGGGAGUUCAAUACAUGGAAAACAUGGAACCCUACAAUAAAAGACGAGUCCAGACGUGCGCAGAUCUAAAGGCCGCGCGCGCGUCUGCCCCGAAUGGGUAUUACCGAGUGACACUUGCUUCUGGCCGAAGGCUCGCGGUCUAUUGUGACAUGGAAGACUUUGGUGGAGGGUGGACGCUCGUGGUAGGCAUCAGCUCAACCGACAACAACCAUCUGCAGCGGUCAAAGCACAACUGCAUGCACGAACAGCUCUGUGUUCCGUUCACUAAUGCCACCAUCACAGCGAGAAAAUUAUCUGAUGCGGACAUCCACCAACUUGCCGAAACAGAAGGUUCUUUCCGAGUCGACUACGACUUUCGAUACACCGGGUUUUUUCGCAUACCAUCCGGAUAUUGGAAUUUUGAUUCCUCUUGCUCAGGAACGAGCUGCACCAGGAUAAUUGUGUCGCACAAAUACCCGUAUGUGUGGGAGUCCAACUGUAAAGGCGUGUCCCUGGGGUACAAAAUUCAAAGCACAGGCUCGCACAGAGUGUUUGAUUGUCAUGAUGACGGGGAAUGUGGAGGGGGCUUAUGGCUGUCAUCAAGAUAUCACUCUGAACGUAUCCUUUAUGGCUAUCCUGGACUGUCAUCUACUGGACUCUACAAAAAUAAACAAGGACAUCUUUGGGUCCGAUAAAAACAACGGGACAAAAUUAUGGGUAUAGAAGCAAGGCAAGAGAAUCAUUGAAAGGAAUUAAAAGUGACUUCUCCCCUUAGUCCCCCCCCCCCCCCCCGGCCGCUUUUCUCGCCCACGGACCCCUUCCCCUCCCUUUAGCGCCGCUACGCAGGCAAGAUCUACUUGAUCUUGAUCAGCUUCAAAGCGUCUCGGCCUCAGUGCCCCUCGGCCUUUUAUUUCCUUUUAUUCUCAAAAGAGUAGUACAGGCUAGCAUUAGGAAUUGAUUUGAUCUCUUUUUUUUUGUUUUCUAAAAUAGAACGCUAAAAAUGUUCUCCUUGUCGGCCGUCGUCGCAGGGAAAACAACACACCUUUUCUACAAUGAAGUUAUUUUAAUUUGAAUUGAAGCUGUUUACUGCGUCCAUUGCAUUGGAUGUUAUCCUCAAUAUAGACAGACUAAUGUAAAAAAAAACUAUGAUAAUAUAUUUUACAGUGACACAAAUUCCGCUAGCAACACCCGCACAUGACGCACCUGAACGAGGGGUGUGAUUUCUCAUGAAAUGAUACUCUCGUUAUUCGCGGGAAAUCUUGUGUUUUGCCUUAGCUAAUAUACUCGCAUAAAGUAAAAAAAAUUGACCUGAGAUAAAUCAAUGUAACAUUUUUAGGUGAAAGGCACCCAAAGUUAUUAUUAGUCAGGCUUUGCUUGUAUACUAGUAAUGUCAUAAUUUUAUCGCAGUAGCUUAUGCCCGACAGUCGGGAAAGGUCCUUAGCGGACUAAAUGCCCGAAAGUUCUUAAUUUAUUCAGAUAACAAAUUGUCGACCUAUUGAGCUCAAAGUAUUCUAUAUUUGUUGAGAAAAGGCACUAAAUUAAGCCUUAUUGUCGGUAUUGGAUAUUUUCUGUUGUCUCUGUACUGUGCACUAUAGAAUCGUAAUUUUAGUGGUAUUAAUCGACAGCUCUCGAUUUGCUAAAAUAUCACGGUAAAUUUUUAACCUCUUGUGAGUUCAAAGUAUUCUACGUUUGUUUCGAUAGGGCAAGCCAAUCUUUUAUGUUGGAAUUGUAGGUUUUUUCUUGCUUGUAAACACUAUAAACCUUUCCCGACUGUUAUUAUAGAAUCGAGCAGAUAGAAUUAAAGUGUCACUAAAAUAGCGAUUUUAUAGUGUAUACACAAGCACAGGUUCCCAAAGCUUAUGUUACAUUGUACGUGUUGCAUUCAUAGUUACUGUAAAGAUAUGGUGCGUUACAAUUAAAAAAAUGGGACGAAAAAUA